AUGUCGAACCUCAUUCAAUUUCUCGUUGUAUUGUAUACACCAACAGAAGUUGGCCUUGAAACAGAAGGGUGCUAUGAAGUUGAAAAGAGCAACUACUGGUUGUGCGGUGUCGGCCAUCAUCCACCUGCUGCUCCCCUCGGCGAUCAGUUCCAGCAGUCCCAGCGAGUGCAACACCUCCGUAGCUGUCCGGCGAGCAGUCCCGGCGAGCAUCCCUUCGGCGACUCUUUUCUUCCUGCCACCAUCCCCAAACCUCAAUUAUCGCAUUCUGUCGCAAAGAGGGCUUUCCACUUGGGGCCAGUUUCCUCCCAUUCGGCAUAUAUAAUUUCAAGAUGCAUUUGUCGUAGCAUGUCUUCAUCAGCACUUGCAUCGCAGGCCUCAUACUCUUUGCAUUCCUUGUCGAUCAACGAGCCUGUUGUCUCAGUUGACUGGCUCCAUGCCAACCUCCGAGAGCCCGAUGUGAAGGUGCUGGAUGCUUCAUGGUACAUGCCCGAUGAAAAGAGAAAUCCACUUCAAGAGUAUCAGGUUGCACAUAUUCCCGGUACACUAUUCUUUGAUGUCGAUGGCAUAGCAGAUCGCACCACAAAUUUGCCACAUAUGCUGCCAUCAGAAGAAGCAUUUGCUGCUGCUGUUUCUGCUCUUGGCAUUGACAAUAAAGAUGGUCUUGUUGUUUAUGAUGGAAAGGGAAUAUUCAGUGCAGCUCGUGUUUGGUGGAUGUUUCGAGUUUUUGGGCACGACCGGAUUUGGGUAUUGGAUGGAGGGCUCCCGAGAUGGCGUGCUUCGGGAUAUGAUGUCGAAUCGAGUGCUUCGAGUGAUGCUAUCUUGAAAGCUAGUGCAGCAAGUGAGGCGAUCGAGAAAGUAUACCAAGGACAACGGGUUGGACCAAUUACUUUCCAAACCUACUUUCAGAAACAGCUAGUCUGGUCACUUGAAGAGGUUCAGAAAAAUAUUAAGGAGCAAACACAUCAGCAUGUAGAUGCUCGCUCAAAAUCUCGAUUUGAUGGGGUGGCACCCGAGCCUCGAAAAGGAAUAAGAAGUGGUCAUGUUCCUGGAAGUAAAUGUAUCCCUUUUACCCAGAUGUUAGAUGGCUCACACACACUCUUGCCAGCAGACGUACUAAAAAAGAAAUAUGAAGAAGCAGGAAUCUCGUUGGAAAGCCCUAUAAUAACGUCGUGUGGUACUGGUGUAACUGCAUGUAUUCUUGCACUGGGCCUUCACCGAUUAGGGAAGACUGAAGUCCCAAUAUACGAUGGCUCGUGGACCGAAUGGGGAGCAAAUCCCGAUACUCCUGUUGCCUCUUCUCAAGAGUGA